AUGGCCGAGUCCGGGAAUUAUGAAAAAAUGUCCUCGAUAAGUUUCACACUAUUAGCACUGGCGCGAUUAGAAAUCGAAACACGAGCAGAAUCAGCUAGCUUAUCUGAACAAUUACGUGAAGCUGAAGCCAAACACGAACAAAAGGCAAUAGAAAUUAUCAAAUGUGCGGAAAAAGCACACGAGCUCAAGUCAAUCGUGAAACGCCUCCUCGCCAUGGAUAAUCGUCACGAAACAGAAGAAUGUGCGAACGAUUCAAAACAUAUCGAACAAAAAUGUGGAAAUGUUGCAGCAGCUACUGUACAUCAUUCUUUGGAUUUACAAGAUGGUGAAUAUGAAAAUCCAGACGGAGUGGACGAAGACGAAAAUGUACAAGAUAGCAAUGUCCAUGAAGAUCCAGAUGGAGUUGACGGCGACAAAUAUGAUGAGCAUCAUUAG